CCCGACUCUGAGACGUUUCUGGUCCUACGCGGCAGGCCGAUCAAAGUUUGACGCCUUCUAGUCGAGGCCCUUUUCGUCCAAACUUGGGGCUUCAACCCAUGCCUUCGUCACUUAGUCGAAUGGAGACUUGCGAAUGGAUCAAGUGCCGUGCCAGAAGGGGGGGGUGCCUUGUCAACUUGCUGUGGAGGGACGAAAAGCAAAGGUCUUUGAGCAAGAUAUAAUAUCUUCUCAAACCCGCUCAUCAGCCCACCAUUGCCUGACCAUCCGUACAUCUCAUUCCAUUGUUGGCCCCUGAUCGCUUGACGCGACCCUUCAUUCCUUUCUCUUGUAAUCCAGUUGCUGUCAUUUGCUGCCGGUCAGCCAAUCAUUCUUUUCAAGAUGCACUACCCAUCCUUUGGCCACUUCCUCUUGGCGAGCAUCCUUGCCGUCCAAGGUGUUCAGUCUUUCAACCUCAUCCCCACGGGUCAGGUCGCCAGACGCUAUGUAGCUCCCGCCUUGGCACUCGCCAUGCCUGCCCUAGCUGCGCCGCAGGCCGCCAGCAUCGAGGCUCGUGAGCCUCACCACCGCGGCAAGAAGACUAAGAAGACUAAGAAGGCCAAGGCCGCUAAGCGCGAAGAGUCUGCUGUUGAUGAGGCCCUUGAGGCCCGUGAUAUCGAGGCUCGUGAGCCCCACCACCGUGGCAAGAAGACCAAGAAGACGAAGAAGGCGAAGGCCGCCAAGCGCGAUGAGUUCGCUUCCGAGGAUGCCAUCGAGUCUGCCGAGCACGAGAUUGAGGCCCGCGAGCCUCAUCACCGCGGCAAGAAGACCAAGAAAACCAAGAAGGCGAAGGCCGCUAAGCGUGAGGAGUCUGCUGUCGAUGAGGCCCUCGAGGCCCGCGACGUCGAAUCCCGCGAGCCUCACCACCGCGGCAAGAAGACGAAGAAGACGAAGAAGGCGAAGGCUGCUAAGCGCGACGAAUCCGCCGUCGACGAGGCCCUCGAGGCUCGUGACAUCGAAGCCCGCGAGCCCCACCACCGUGGCAAGAAGACCAAGAAGACGAAGAAGGCGAAGGCCGCCAAGCGCGAUGAGUUCGCUUCCGAGGAUGCCAUCGAGUCUGCCGAGCACGAGAUUGAGGCCCGCGAGCCCCAUCACCGCGGCAAGAAGACCAAGAAAACCAAGAAGGCGAAGGCCGCUAAGCGUGAGGAGUCUGCUGUCGAUGAGGCCCUCGAGGCCCGCGACGUCGAAUCCCGCGAGCCUCACCACCGCGGCAAGAAGACCAAGAAGACCAAGAAGGCGAAGGCCGCUAAGCGUGAGGAGUCCGCCUCCGACGACGCCGCUGAGCACUCCGUCGAGACCCGCGAGCCCCACCACCGCGGCAAGAAGACGAAGAAGACGAAGAAGGCCAAGGCCGCGAAGCGCGACGAGUUCGCUUCCGAGGACGCCGCCGAGCACGCCGUUGAGACUCGUGAGCCCCAUCACCGCGGCAAGAAGACCAAGAAGACCAAGAAGGCCAAGGCCGCGAAGCGCGACGAGUACGCCGCCGUUGAGGCUCGCGCUUUCACCGCCUAA